UAACUGGCUGCCUGGCUGACGGACGGACGGACUUGAGCCCACUGUGUGUGUGGUGUCGGCCAACAAGCAGAGCAGGAUCGGGCACGACGAGAGGCGAAGAUGCCUCGGAGAAAACAAUCCAACCCCCAGCCGGUGAAAUUGGAGUCGGAGGACGGGGCCGCCUGUGAGCCGGGCUGCCUGGUUCUGGAGAGCGACUUCCUGCUGAGCGGAGAGCUGGAGUUUGGAGACUCUGAGAUCAUGGGGCUGGAUAGAGAGGCUGGUAUGACUGUCUUCUCCCUGAGCGUCGAGGACGACCCGUCAGCACCGACAGACUCCACCUUCCCAGCUUUCCUCUCCUGUAAAGGAUGUGGUCAGCUCCUGGGAGACACGCCUCUGGGUGCAGGUUUAGAUCUCGGUGUGGGCUUGGACCUGGGGGCGGAGCUUUACUGUCUGACCUGUGAGGAAGGCCUGCGGCACGAAGCCUCGAUCGACUCCUCUCAGAUGCAGGGGCCCAACCUGGCUGACCGAUCCAUCAGCGGCGACUCGGACAGGAAGAGGAGAAGCACCAGUAAGGCGGGCGGAGCCAGCGACCUCCCUCCCAAGCUGUACUCCUGCUCGCUGUGCGCCUUCACCUCGCGCUACUCCAACCACCUGAAGCGCCACAUGAGAACGCAUGACGGCCAGAAGCCGUACCGCUGCCCCGUCUGCCCCUACGCCUCGGCCCAGCUCGUCAACCUGCAGCGCCACGCCCGCACCCACACCGGGGAGAAGCCGUAUCGCUGCCACCAGUGCAGCUACGCCUGCAGCUCCCUCGGCAACCUGCGGAGGCACCAGCGCAUGCACACGCAGGAGAGGCCGCAGAGGAGGGAGAAGGAGAAAAGACGAGGAAGGCGGAAAAAAACAAACGGCCAAAGUGAAGAAGUCGUGUCAGACCUGACCCUACGAGUGUCCCAGGACUCGGGCUACCUGCAGACACUAGGGGGCCUCGGCUCUCCCUCCGCCCCGCUGCCCGUCCUCCCCGUCCUCCUCUUCCCUCUGUGCUGCCGCGUGUGUGGCCUCACCCUGGAGGAGGCCGACCUGGAGGGGGACAAGGACGAAGGGGAGGCCGAUGGUGACGGCGGACAGGUUUGUCGUCGUUGCUCGAUGGACCCGCUGUCCAAAGAUGGAUCGGGGCCUCCCUGCAGCCCGACUGCGUCUCACGGGUCCCGCCGCUGUCAGCGCGGCACCAAGCUGUUCCGCUGCCCUCACUGCCCCUUCCUGUCCCACUACCCCAACCACCUGGCCCGGCACGCCCACACCCACUCCGAGGAGAAACCCCACCGCUGCCCGCACUGCCCCUACACCUCCUCGCACCUCGACAACCUCAAACGCCACCUGCGCGUGCACACGGGCGAGAAGCCUUACCAGUGCCCGUCCUGCAGCUACGCCUGCGGGAACCUCGCCAACCUGCGGCGGCACGAGCGCAUCCACUCAGGCGCCAAGCCGUUCCACUGCGGCGUCUGUGGCUACUCCUGCAACCAGAGCAUGAACCUGAAGAGGCACAUGCUGCGGCACACGGGCGAGAAGCCGUACGCCUGCGCCGAGUGCGGCUACACCACGGGCCACUGGGACAACUACAAACGGCACCAGAGGAAACACGGACACAACACGGACAGCUGGGACAAACACGCACCCAUCAACGGCCUCAGCUGGGGCAAAGACACUCAGGACAGCCAGAGUCAGGGACAGGAGCACAGUUAGAUACACUCUGUGUGUGUGUGUGUGUGUGUGUGUGUGUGUGUGUGUGUUGUAUACACUGGUGAACCUCCAGCUCAGGUUGGAGACAAACUCAGGUGCCUUUGACAGACUGAAUGACUGUAUGCUGCACUGACUUCAUUAAGGGGCAUUCAUUUGUGCGUGUGUGUGUGUGUGCUGCAUACACACACACGCACAGACUCGGAUGUCCUGAUCUCGGUCAGAAUGUGACUUUUUCUAAAUGUGUGUGUGUGUCAUGAAGCCAAUCUGAGGAAUUGAAAUGUGUAAUUUUUCUCUACAGAUGAUCUAUAUUUUGUAAAUUUGGGCUGAUUGUUAUUUUUCAGAGGGGGGUGGGGCAUCAUCUCACAAGCUUUAGAUCCUGGUUUGGUCUCCAGAGGGGUUCGUGUGCAGAAACUCGGCCCACUUUUUAAAAAACUGGCUGCCUCCAUGUAUUCAUGAAAGAAGAAUGAACAUUAACAUGCUGACAAGGCAGAAAACUGGACACGUCUUCACUCGCCAUGAGAAAUGUUAAACUGAAAGUGAUGUUAACUGGAUGGAUGAGUCGCCUGCUGGAUUAUUUAGAGCAAAACCACAUAACAAGAAAUCAAAUGUGAACAAGUAAGAUUUAGAGCCACAAGUGUCAUUAUUGCAUAGCAUGUGGAGAUUAAGGUCAGAGAAGCUGUAAUCUGAGAUGAUGAUGAUGAUGAUGACAGGAUGUUGGAAAGGAUUCCUGCUGUGUGGAUGAGCUGUCAGUAACAGAGUUUGGAUUUUUUUUUUCUUCUUUAGCUCGAAAUCCUUCAUUCCUGACAAGGAGACUUCACGUGUCAUUGUUGUAGGCUGGAUUUUGUCAGGGUUUGGCCCUCAGACGUCAACAAUUCAGGGAAGAACGGCAAGAAUAAACUCGCAUUUUAUUAAAUUGUGAAAUUGUCCAUCAGUCACUGAGAAAGCUGGUCUUUAUUUCAUUUCACUUUGGCGCUUAUGCUGUCGACGUCUGAGCUCACAGAGCGAGAUCCGGGUUCGGCUGAAGCCCUGCAGGUGACGUGAAGGGUGUCGAUCCCAAAGGUUUCUCCACGCUUUAUCGAAUCGGCGCCCGCUCAGAGAGCCGCUGAGCCUCAUUUAGAUGUGUAAACUGUGAGGGUGAUGGACUGAUCGCAGCAGCGACUCUGAGGAUCCUUUCAAAUGUUUGUACAUUUUAAAAUCAAGCUGCUGUCUUUCCCAAAGUUCAGUUUCCUGUGUCAGGAAGUGGUUAGCCUAGCUUAGCAUAAAGACUGGAAGCGGGUGGAACCAGCUAGCCUGAUUCCGUUUAAAGUCAGAAACGGGUUUGCUUGUCGGACCUGCGCACAGACCGAAGUGAAAACAUGUAAAUUGUGAGGCUGUCAGGUCUGCUCACAGUGCCUUCACAUCUCUAAUAAAACAAGUCUGGUUGCAGCCCA